AUGCUCGCGCUUAACAUUGUCUUGUAUGCCCUGUUGGGCACCUCCUUGGCCUUUGCCAUUAUCGAGCUGGGACUCUCGGCUUUCAUCACUGCCGCAUAUUCUGGCACGCAAGAAAUCCAGAUCUGGAGCGCAUAUUCAGGCUAUUCUUACAGCCAAGUCAAUGUGAAACCUCCGGCUAUCCUCGUCUUUCUUGUCUUCUCUUCUGUUUGGACUAUCCUUGUGGCAGUUAGCGCCUUAGUACUGCCCUGGUACUAUAGUCGCAAGGACUUCGUGACCGCAAAGCUCAACACUGUCCUCGCCGCUAUCUUCGUGGCCAUUUACUUCGUCACUAUGGUGUUUUGGUUGGCAUGCUUUGCUGAUCUGGCCAGUCUCCUUGGUGGUGGUACUAGUAUAAAUCCCUACUACAAUGCCGUGCUUGCCUUUGGCGUUCUCCUUUGGUUACUAUUUGUUGCUCUCGUCAUAUUCACGAUUCUUGCCAUGUGUGGUGUUUUGGUGUCUGACUGGGCUGGGUAUCAGUCCCUCAAGAAGAACGGAGUUGGUGUGCACCAGACUAAUGCUAGCCCUGCUCGCGAAGUGCCGAUGACCGAACAGCCAAUCGCAUAG